GUUCCCCCUCUUCCCUCUCCGGCUUUAUAAAAUGCGGAUUUAAACCGCUCCGAACAGUCUUCGAUCUGCUCCCGUCCCCUUUCAUAAUUCCUCUCUAUUCCCCCCUCUUUCUUCUUCGAUUUCACUCUCCGAUUCCGAAACCCUAACUCAGUCAGAUCGAAGUUCUUCCCCAUCUUCCCCAAUCCCCAGUUCCGUGUAGUCACCGAUCGCCGCCGGCGAUGUUCGUGAGAAAGCUCGUCGAGAAGGCCUCCAAAAAGUACGCAGGUAACAGCGCCAACUGCCUCAAAGCAGAGGACUUGAAUCCUCAUAUCGCGUUCCACUAUGGCAUUCCGUCGGGAUCCUCCACCAUGGCUUACGACUCCGUCCAGCAAAUUCUUGCCUUUGCGACCAACGAUGGUCGCAUUAAACUGUUCGGAAGAGAUAAUACCCAAGCUUUGCUCCAGUCGGAUGAGGCCGUACCUAGCAAAUUCUUAGAGUUUUUUGAGAAUCAAGGUAUCCUCCUAAAUGUCAAUACCAAUAAUCACAUCGAGGUGUGGGAUGUUGAUGCUCAACAACUAUGUCAUUUUUACACGUUCAAUGAAGAAAUAACAUCAUUUUCUAUUAUACAACGGUCUUUGUUCAUGUAUGUUGGGACUUGUGUUGGAGAUAUUUCAAUCUUAAAACUUGAUCAGAGACAACGAAAGUUACUUUGCAUGCAAUAUAGAAUUCCUUUCAUUGAGUCUUAUGGUAAUGUUACAGAAAGUGUUUAUCAAAUUCCAGUUACACAUAUCUUGCCACAACCUAUGGCUGAGAUGAGGAGGGCUCUCAUAAUAUUUAGAGACGGAUCUCUAAGUUCAUGGGGAAUUCAAGAGAGUAAGCCAUUGUUUACCGGUGGAAGUAUGCAACUAUCUUCAAAUUAUGAAACUCGAGAGGUGAUGUCAGCAUGUUGGGCUUGUACGUUUGGUAGCAAGGUUGCUGUUGGAUACAGCAAUGGAGAUCUUUUCCUUUGGGCCAUACCGGUGAUUUCAGAUAUGCACACCACAAUGUUAAACAAAAAAGAAGUUCAUGCAGCUUCAAACAUUCCUUAUCUGAAGCUUAAUCUUGGUUACAAGAUGGACAAGAUUCCUAUUACAUCGCUGAGGUGGGUCGUUUCUGAUGGACGGGCCAGUUUUCUUUACAUCAAUGGUUUCUCUGAGUCGGGAACUUCCUCACUUCAGGUUAUGAUUCUUAAUGAUAACUCUGAAUCCCGAACUGUCAAAUUGGCGCUUCCGUUAACUGAACCAUGUAUUGGGGUGGAAAUUAUUUCAAGUUACAGUGAUAGCAACAAACAUAAGAAAGAUUUCCUCGUACUUUUGUUGAAAUCGGGUCACCUAUGUCUCUAUAUUGAACCAGAAAUUGAGAAUUCUCUUUUAAAAUGCCAAUCUAAAUCAAGUCCAUCGCUUCCAAGCCAUACAAUUGUGAAGCUUCCUUAUUAUGAGUCAAGGAUUACUGCUGCAAAACUUUAUGGAAGCUUCUUGUCAUCUUCAGGUCUUACAGAAGAGGAUAAUCUUUUCAUAGCCAACAAAUUUCCUCACUUCCUCUCGGCUGAUAAGAGGGAAAAUUUGGCACAUUCAAGUACCCGCUUUGAAGGGUUUGCAAAGGCUAGAAGUUUAUACAUUACAGGACAUCUAGAUGGAGCCAUAAACUUUUGGGAUGCAUCACUCCCAGUUCUUAUUCUUAUGUUAUCAAUUAAACCGCAGCAAACUGAAGAAGGGAACGCUUCAAGUAAUUUUUCUGUUACGGCACUCCAUUUUGAUUUCUCUUCCCAAAUCCUUAUUUGUGGAGAUCAGAAUGGUUUGGUUCGCUUCAUUUCUUUCAAAAAAGAGCAACUUUCAGCAGACAAUAUGUUUUCUUAUCUUCAAGCAAAGCUGGGGGCUAACUACAACAUUCAGACUAUAAAGCUUAAAGGCGCUAUAUUAUCCCUUGGUGUUAAUACUGAAUCCAAUCAUCUUGCUGUCGGAACUGACAAAGGAUAUGUAUUUGUUGUUGAUACAAAAGGAGGUUCAAUUUUAUACCAAAAGCAAUUCCCCACUCAGAUCUAUACCGGCACCAUAGCUUUGCAGUUUGAGAGCUGCAAUCAUAAUGGUUAUUUGAAAAAUGUUUUGUUGAUUGCUACAGAGGACUCCUCGGUCAUAGCCAUUGAAGAGGAUACGGGAAAUGAUAUGAACGAUAGUGGAAUACACCCCAAGAAACCAUCUAGAUGUUUACUAAUGCAUAUCUUAGAUAUUUCACCGGAUGGAGAAUGCACAGCUCGCUUGAAGGAGCUGAACCAAGAAAACCAUGAUAAGGACAAAACGAUGAACCAGUCAUUAAUAUUGCUUUGCUCUGAAAAAGCUGUGCGGCUUUAUUCCCUGAAUCAUGCAGUCCAGGGCAUCAAGAAAUUGCAUUGCAAGAAAAAAUUAAGUGGCCAUUGUUGCUUCGCUUCAGUUUUUUCUAGCCAUUCUUCUGAGAUUGGCCUUGCACUUCUCUUUGCCAGUGGAAAGUUGGAGAUAAGAUCCCUCCCAGAUCUAACCCUUUUAAAGGAGACGACAGUGAGAGGUUUUACAAAUUCAGCAAUGAAAUCAUGGCCAAGUUCAAGUGGUGUCAUCUGUUGCUCAUCUGAAGGAGAACUUCUCAUGGCCAAUGGAGAUCAAGAGAUUUUCUUCUUAUCAAUUUUUCCGCAGAAGACUGUCAACAGGAGCCUGGAGUCUAUCAGUAGGGUUUACAAGAGGGGCAUUAUCAUGCAGCAAGAAAGUUUUCCCAGUCAGAGUGCCCUCAAGGAGAAGAAAAAUAAGGGUCUAUUCGGCAUGGUUGCAAAAGGUAGCAAGUCAAAGAAUAAGGAAGAAACUGUUCCCGAAAUUCCUUGCUCAAAUAAUGUUGAAGAACUAUCAACCAUAUUUUCAACGGCCAAUUUUCAAUCUACCGAUGAAAUCAUGAAUACCUUGGCCAAAAAUGAAGAAAACGCUGAGUUGGAUAUAAAUGAUAUUGAUCUUGAUGACACUAAAGACAAACCCAAAGGGAUGAAUUUUCCUGCUCUAAAUAAACAGAACCUAGGCAAGAAAUUUCUGGAAAUCAAAGGGAUAUUGAAGCCCAAGUCGGAGGAGAAGUUGGAUACUGGAAAAGGGAAGAAUGAAGAUGAGAAGUCGCCUGGAACAGUCGAUCAGAUUAAGAAGAAAUACGGAUAUUCAACAGGCACCGAACUUGGCGUUCCCGCAAUAGCCAAGGACAGACUGAAAGACAACUCCAGGAAGUUGCAGGAUACCGGAGCUCGUUCAUCUGAGAUGAACGAUACUGCUCGGUCCUUCUCUUCUAUGGCAAAAGAGUUGUUGCGAGUUUCUCAGAAAUAAGAGCUUUGCUAUCUAUUUUAAAUGACUGUGAUUCAAUUCCUUUUGAUUUUGACUUGGAUCAAAUCCUAAUCGUCCAAAAUAGAUCCAACGGCUGGCAGGCAGCAAGUACAUGCCUAGAAUUACUUCUGAGGCUAGUUAUAAGAUUAUGAUUUCUUGAUUUUUAUUUUUUUUAUUUUGUUUGUUUGUUUGUUUGUGUAUAAUUCUUUGUUAUAGUUCCCAUGUCACAUAGAUGUAUGUUUUAUGAUUCAAGUGGUCCUCCUUUCACCUGUGGAAAUAGAAGUGAAAACUGCAUGGCUUUCUGUUUAGUAUUUUAUUGUUAAUUAAUGAAUCUAUGGGCCUCUUUUAGGUUGGCUGAUCAA